AUGAGUACCCUUUUUCAACCCGCUCUCAGAAAUCCUUUCGGCUCUCCUAUCGAACCUUCACCGAGACCUCGAUCAAUGGCUAUUCUGCCUCAAAGCGCCACUAAUAAUCACCCCUCGCCGAAGUCGACCCAGGAAGACUCCAUCAUGACCUCUCCCGCACCCCCGAACAUGGGACCUCCAGGGGCAGGAGGGAGUCCCGAGGUGGAACAAGGACAGAGCAACAGUAUCUCGAAUGGGAAUCGGGAACAUGUCUCCCUGGGUGCAAAUAGCAGUACCGCGGCGGGCGCUGUGGGAGCUUCUCAGGGACCAAAAGUGGUGCAAACAGCUUUCAUCCACAAGCUAUACAGUAUGCUGGAGGAUAAGAGCAUUCAACACCUCAUUUCCUGGUCCAACACCAACGAGAGUUUUGUCAUGUCCCCGUCGAACGAAUUUUCAAAGGUCCUGGCCCAGUACUUUAAACACACAAACAUCUCCUCCUUUGUCCGGCAGUUGAACAUGUAUGGCUUUCACAAGGUCAGCGAUGUUUUCCACACCGGAUCUCCCGAAUCCGCCCUUUGGGAGUUCAAGCACGGAAACGGCAACUUCAAGAAAGGCGACCUGAUGGGACUGCGGGAAAUCAAAAGGCGCGCUUCGCGACACACAUUGAUACAUCGAGACUCAUUCUCCAAUGCCAAACCAGGCGUGUCUCAACCCGGGACCCCAGCCGAGGUCAUGCCGGACGCGGACCAGCGUCUUGCGGGCCUCGAACAGGCCUUCUAUGAUGUGCACGCCAGAUUACAAAGGACCGAAGACAACUACGCACUGAUGAGCUCGAGAUGUCAAGCACUGACCGAAGGACUGGUUCGAUGCCAUCAAUGGAUCCACAAUCUCACGAGCGCCGUCCAGACAAUGUCAUCCCCUGAAUCAGCACUGUAUGCCGAUAUCGCCGGGUUGCAAAAGGAGAUCGCCCGCCAGCUCGAAUACGUACGCGCUCUGGAGGCUCCCCAAGACUCAUUGCAAAAUGGGAGACAGCCGUUCUAUCCCGGCGGUUCCACGCUGGAACCGCCGCUUUCUCCACGGGGAUUUAAUUAUCCAGACAGCCGAAGAUCCUCCAUCCAGAUCGAGUCGCAACAUGUGGGAUUACGUCCUCCUGUCCCGCCGAUACCACCUCAAUUUUCUUCCUCCUCCCCGCGGCGCUUUGGGUCGAUCAGCAUCCCACAUGUCUCUCCCGGAUUCAGUCGUCCGGCCCUCCCAACACAGCCGCCGCCGGGCGUGCAUCCAUUGGCAUCGGUGGUGACACCGCCACCGCUGAACUUGGCCCGGAGGCACACGUCAGCUGAUAUUCGAGAACACGGCUGGCCGCCUGCCAAUGGCAAUGGGAAUGGGAAUGGUUCCCCUUAUGCUUCUGGACAAUCAUCUGUACAGUGGCAGCCGUCUUCACCACAGCAGCCCCCUCAGGCUGCCGGGGACCAACAAAUUCGUGAUCAACUGGCUCAAUACGAGAUCAACGGUCCGAAAAGGACCCCCGCGGUGAACCAGCCGAGCCAGCCGACACCGCCACUCACCUCCAGCUCCGAGGCUCCGCCUACGGGCCUCGGGGUCGAAAACGUGCCAUGGCCAUUGGGAGGGAGCAAAUUUCCGCGCCCAAACUUCGAGCUGCAUUCCGCCCCGGCCACGCGGAGAGGCAGUAUGGCGACCUUGCACUCGUUGCUGAACCCCGCUGAGACCGCAGAGCAAGAGAACGAAGAUGAAGGGCCUGGUCAAGGUCGAGAUGACGACCGGAAACGGAAACGACUGACAUGA